AUGCCUUUCUAUGACUUGAACGUAGCUUAUGCAGAGAAUGACCCCAAUCUUUCCAAUGUCCUCGCUUUCCUUCUGGAAUUAGGCUAUACCACGGCUGCUCUAGCUGUUCAUGUUCCUUCUAAACUUCCAGCACAACUUCCAGACAUAUCGACUACUCGUCUAGAGGCUCCUCCAGGUUUGACCGUGCUUACCCGCCUAACCUUGACCAUCUCCGAUACCUCUCAAAACCAUCGCAUCCAGAGUCUCGUGUCGACUUACGAUCUACUGGCUCUUCGUCCCACAACCGACAAGGCUUUGCAGCUAUGCUGCUCGUCCCUCGACUGCGACCUGGUCUCGCUUGACCUCACGUCGCGCCUUCCCUUUCCGAUCAAAUUCAAGACCGUCGCAUCGGCACUACAGCGUGGUAUCAGUGGCGCUGCGAGUCUGAUUCGUGCCACUCGAGGUCGCGGCAUAGUCUUGAGCAGUGAGGCACGCAAUGCGCUCGGUAUAAGAGGGCCGCAUGACGUGGUCAACUUAGCAGUCGUGUGGGGUUUAAGCAAUGAACGAGGGAAAGAGGCUGUGAGUGAAGAGUCCGGCAGGGUUGUCAGGUUGGCUCAGAUGAAGAGACAUAGCUUCCGUGGCGUGGUGGAUAUAGUCAACAACGGCACGCAAGACAUUACUACUCAACCAUCAGGUUUGACUGAAAUGACUGAGAGAGGUGCUGCCGAAAAGAGUAGGAUAUCCUCAGAGGCAGUGGGCGAACUCAAGCACGUCACUGUGAUUCCGGAAAAUCCAGACAAGAACGAAAAAUCGAAAAGGAAAGCCUCUCAGGCUUCGUUGGGCGAAGAAGGGCCUGACAUGCAUCCUGUCGAAGAUGGAAAACCGCUGUCUAAACGAGCGAUGAAGCGAGAAGCUAAGAAGGCGCGCCUCGAUCGAGCCUCUGGCAACCACAGUAAGCAAGCUUUAGGGAAACAGGUUGAGAAAAGUAAGAACGGCUUUCCUAUUCAACAUGAAGCUCUAGCUACGAAGAAAAAGAGCUGA